AUGCCUGCACCUGCAGCAUCAAGAAGCAUGAGUGCGCAAAACGCAACACCCGUCAAUUCUCCUGAUCAACAACAAACUCACCAAAACGACAACAAUGCGAUUGGACAAACGGCAGAAGAAGAAGAAGAAGCAGAGAAAGUGGCGGUGGUUUUGAAAAACCCUAGCUAUAUGGAUCGGGACGGUCCUCCGCAUGAUGAUUGCUGCCCUAUUUGCUUCGGCACCUUUGAUGUUCCUUGCAAAGCUAAUUGCGGUCACUGGUUUUGCGGGAGUUGCAUUCUUCAGUACUGGAAGUAUUCUGGACCGACUAGGGGUUGCAAGUGUCCAAUGUGUUCGUCAAGAAUCAGCAAUUUGACACCGGAGGCAUCCUUACAUGAUCAGCAAGAGCAGGAAGUUACCAAGGUCCUGGAAGAUGUUCGGAGGUAUAACUGCAUUUUUGUUGGAGGUGUGCGAGGUCUUGUUCGGAAAGUGCAAGUGGUGCCGUUUCUCUUUAAGAGAAUGCUUGAAGAAAUGAUGGAUCCUGAUGGACGCAAUUUCUUUCUUUAUGAAAGGCUCAUGCGCAUGUUUGCAAGAAUGCGAAAUGAGUGUCGUAACGAGAAGACGCGCGAGAAACUCACCGAAACGAAAAUGAGAUUGAAGAAGGAGGAGAAGGAGCAGAGAAAAAGGCGGUGA